AUGACCCUGCGUCUUGUGGAUCCACUUUCUGAGUUCCACGAGGAGGUGGAGAAGGAGUCGGACGACGACGAUGACGACGACCUGAUCCGUGCCACCUGCCCCUUUGAUACCGGUCUGGGUCUGGAGCUGGGGCUCUUAUUGCAUUUCAUGCACGACCUUCCCCAGAUUGGAGGAGGGUUGGUUCGUCAAACGCACGCAGGGAUAAGUGCAGGACCUCAAGGAGACAGAGAGGCUGGGGAGUAUCACGGCAUGCACAGAGGGGACCCUGCUGCUGCUGGUAUCCAGCUGAAACUCGGAUUCGCCGUUCUCGUCCCCCUUUUUGUGUGA